AUGGCCGCGCAGUAUCUGCUGAGCGCCUUGCAUGAGGACGACGAUGCCAAGGACAAUCCCUACGAGACAAGCAUCUUGACCCGCGUUACAAGAAAUCGUGGCAGACGCAGUCAGGGGGCAAAGCUGACCGCACCGGAUCCUCCGGAGGUGGCGAAGCGGCCCAGGCGGCCAACGAAUACUGUACUCGUGUCACCAAAGCUUUUCAAGCGCCAAAAACUGGCUAUCACGGCCGCCGAAGAUUCUGCUGCGGCAGGACUUCUCGACACCCAGGCCAUCAGACCUGCCGCGAAUUCUGAAGGCAUUGACACAAGCUCUGCCAACGACGGCAACAUCACCGACACCAUGGCCAGAAUGCAGCGUCACCUCGAGGAUCAAGAGUCUUUCAAAGACAUCAGCGCGAGUGUUCGGAAGAAGAUCGUGAAGUGCCUCAAGUCAAGUUUCGGGAAUCGCUACAAGGGUCGCUGUAGUGAGAGUGAGAAGCAGCAGUACAUCCUUCUGUGGGUGAAAUUGGCUGGCGUUCACAAUGACCYCUUGUCCACCGAGGCGGAGAAGGAGUCGCACGGCGUCAAGAUCAAUCCAAAAUGGCUGAAGCAGGGUAGCGAUGUCGUUGAAUUGGACUGA